AUGCCGUCCCCUGUGACCCCGCACCGUCCCUCCAAGGCUGGAGGGAGUGCCAAGCCCACUCCAACAAAGCCUGUGGAUAUUGGCCUGCCGCUCGGGGUCCACGAUACAAAUACGGUUCGCGCAAGAGUGCGCAACUGGCAACAACAAGGAGGCGGGGUAAUCACGAUCAACGAUGGAGUAUACGACGACGAAGACGACAAUGAGAGCAAGACGAAACCGGAGCCCAAGCCAGAUAAGCCGAAGUCAGAUGCAGGGAAGGAGAAGCCCAAAGUAAAGGCCAAGGGUCCCGUGGCGCAGACCAGAAAGCGCAGCCACAGCACCCCGCGCAAACGAGUUAUUAGCGACGAACAUUGGAGAAGAAACCGAUCAAAUACCUCGGUAGGACAAACGCCAUCUCGCAAUCUGCCCCCUCCGAAACGCAUCAGUGAAUAUACGACAAACGAAGGAGUGGGACCUGGAUCUCCGCGCGCGAAGGAUACAAAAGAUAUAUCUGAGAAAGCUCGGAGUACUCCGCGAAUGGUAGUUAAAGCGCCCGUCAAGGAUGUGAAAUCGACUCCCCGCAAACGGCCCGAGUCCGUGGUGGAAAGCGACUGGGAGACGGAGGCCGAUCGUCCGAAGUCUGCCAUCCGGUCUGAAGUGUCAGCGAAGCAUAAGAGACAAUCGCCACCACCUGAAGAUGCAGCGGAGUGGGCGCGAAGCGAGGCCGACUUCUCGGAGUUGUCGCGGAGACGUGCUCGAGGUCAUCCGCAAAUACCCAAAGGGGGCAUCUUUGCGCAGAUGCUGGACGAAUCCAGGAAGAUGUUCACUUUGCCCAAGGCGGAACCUCCAAAACCUCCUCCCCCAACGGUAAACCGAGGAUCAAAGAUCGAGGCGUGGUUAUCAGACACUCCGGAUCCUUUCAUGGACGACGGGAACAAAAGUGACAUGCCUGUUCCGCUGGAUAUCAAAUCAGCACGAGAGAGACGCUCGAAGAGGGUGGUUGAUACGGAAACCUCGAGUAGCUUGACCUCCGACAUUCUGGCAGAAAGCGAGUCUAGUCCCAAAAGGCCUCGUAGUCGACACAAAGAAAAUGAUCGCCCUUCCUCUAGCGAUAGACCUCGCAAAUCCCAGGACAGCGAGGUAGUGCAUAAGCGAGCGAGCGUCGAGAAGCUCCGCAAGUCACCAAAAGUUAAGGUCGAGAAACGUUUACGAGAACCGCUAUACGAGGACAGUCUUGCGACAUCCGAGUCUGAAUUUCAAGCGGGCUCGGAAAUAUCUGAGGUCUCAGGGAACAACGCACCUGUGCCGCUUGGCCUCAGCAAGCCAUUCCCAAGCGUUGGAAACCAUCGACUAUCAACGAUUGCGUCAAGUGAGACUUUGAGUACUCUUCCAGAAGGAUCAUCCUUAUCGGCUCCAUCGGCCCUAGAGAAGACUACAGCCAGCACAGCGAACCAGGAGUCAAAGUCCACACCCGAGAAACCCACAGAGGAAGCAGAUGAGGCUGCGGAAGAAAAAGACCAUUUUGAUCCUGAUUCCCUUCCUGUAGUGUCAUCGCAAUUGAAGCGUCGGCUCACAACCCACAAUGAUCUCAUGUCUGUUCUCUCAGUUCCCGCCUCCCGAAGCAGAAGUAUUCGAUCUGUUCGAAGUAUCCGAACCAACAAGAGUCGAUUAGCCAGUGCGACCAUUCCAGACCUUCUGGCCGAACUGGCCGCUGACGAGGCCAAAUAUAUGCGAGAGCUUAAAACCCUUGUUGGUGGUGUCAUUCCCGUGCUGCUGACCUGUGUCCUCUCUCGUUCUGAUUCGGCGAUCGCCGCUGGCUUGUUCCGUCCUUCGCUGGAUCCGAAGGAUGACCUGAACUUUUCCAAGCCUAUUGUUAAUAUGGGUGUUGCCAUUGAGCGCUUGAAGACAUUACACAAGCGCAUCCCGCAGAAUGACACAGAUGCCCUACUGAGCUGGGCCCAGGGGGCACAGAGAGUCUACCGAGAAUAUCUGAAAGCCUGGAGACUUGGGUUCAAAGAUGUAAUUGUGAACCUUGCCCCCCUUGAAGAAGGUGAGGCGAACGACAAUGCCGAGACAAAAAGUCUGGACGAAGGCAUGGAGAGGGAUGAGAAUGGCGAUGUAGUCGAUUCUGAGGGCGACAAAGUUGAUGUUGCCUAUCUAUUGAAGCGGCCUCUGGUACGACUCAAGUACCUUGCAAAGAGCUUCAAGGGUAUCAACACUCUUCACCCGUCACCCAAGGCCGAGGAGAUCGCCACUGCCUAUCAGGGUCUUGUGCUUGAUGCCCGAAAACGUGCCCGAGAUGAGAGGGCAAGAUUGGAAGAUGAGUCUGCUGCUUGCAUAGAUGCAAGUCGCGCUAGAGACCCCAUGACUCUAGGAGUUGCUCGGAAUGUUGUGGUUGACCACACUCGGCGUGUCCGGGCCCGCGAUUUCUUUAACCUUUCGCUGUAUCACUCCAGUGGCCAGUUAGUAGACUGCCGAGCUGAGUUGCUGUAUCGAGACAAUGUCUCUGGCAGUGGAUCUGGAGGCGACCUGAUGAUUUGCGAGAUUGAUCAUUCGGAUCGCUGGCUUCUUUUCCCACCCAUGGACCUUCGCUGUGUUUCGGCCCGCAGCGGCGAAACAGGCGAGAUUGUGGUCAUGCUUCGCAGUGGCCCUGAGGAUGAGAAGUACUGGCAGGAGUUGAUCUCUCUCCGUAUUGAUGACUAUGAGAUCGGGUUGGAAUGGGUUUCGCUGCUGGGCUCCGAUCCUAUUCCACCAUCCAUUUGUCGGAGUCAAAGCUUUAUCAGUCGAGCAAAGCAACAUAAGGCUCGCAAAACUUCUGUCAGCGAUUCUCCACCUAGAGCAUAUCCCAGUGAUGUUGAUAUUCCAAUUGGCGAGAGACGACGCUCCUUGACUUCCAAAGAGCACUAUUCCGAGCCGAGCACCGUCAGCUCUUCCGCCACGGAUACGAGAAGCUCCCUGUGCUCCGCAGUUACUCGUGAAACAGACUACACUACCGGGGGAUCUGAGCUUUCAAACAAGCAGCCGCGUUCUGGAUUGCAAUCUUUGCCUUCUCAGAGCACUAGUGACAAAUCAUCCCCUGGGCUGAAAAGAUCCAAGGCAAAGAGGCAAUCCCGAUAUGGUGAUAGCCCGGCCUCAGAGGCGCCUUCUCCUCAGACCAUUGUCGAGGAGCAGGUCGCAGAGCCUACGCCCAGUAAAACCGCAGAGUCGACGCCAAGUAAGAGCAGAUUCUAUGGAGAGGGCAGCGAGGUUAGCCAAGGCACAGCAUCGCCCAAGCCGAAGGCGAAAUCCGCUUCAAAGAUCCCCCAACCUAAAACGCCGCGAAAACAGGCGUCUCCCGAGCCUGAAUCCCCUCGUGUAUCAUCAGUCCCUUCGGCAUACCUCCCUCAGAUUCCCAAGCUUAGGAGCACUAGCAGCCAAACCCAUUUGACCACACCGACCAGCCUUGACGCCGAUGAGGAGGAAGAUUACCCGCCCCUGGAUGCGCUGCCAACCCAAGAACUGCCAGAGACCCCUACCAAGUCCCGGAGAAGAAAGUCCCGCCGCAAGUCAACGCACGAUGAUGCACCUCCGCCACCACCACCUCAUCGUUCACCAAGCUCUUCCAAUAGCAAGGUUUCCAACAGUCCCGUCCUCACUCCAUCGAGUGCUCGACUGAAGCGCCGAGGCUCUUCCCCUUUGAAGCACGAGUAUGAGCCCUCAACGGCAUCUGACUCUUAUACGGAGUCGGACUCGGAUGCAUCGACGGUGCGACACUACAGCUACUCCUCUUCGGAAUACUCGAGAUCCGACUCAGAGGACUCUUAUUCCUCAGUCUCAGACUCGGAUUACGAGGACAGCGAGCUUAGUGAGCUCCCCAAACCAAGACGUCUGGAAUCAGGUAUUUCCGAAGCAAGUUCGCUUUCUCCUUCCAAUUCUGCAUCACAGAGCGGGUAUCGGACUGUGCCUCUGCAGCCUGCCAAGUCCUCUAAGGCCAUCGCAUCCAUUUUCGCAUGGUCUGACAAGGGAACUUGGGAGGCUUUGCUUCCCGAUGAUUGCAAUAUUACUGUCAGUCCUGGCCUCAUAGAAGCGUUCAAGAUUAGUGCGGAUUCUCGAUCAAAACCUCUCAUCUCCAUGGAGCUCACCCCUCUCGUCCCCAUUCGCCGGGGUACGGCAAUCGACAUCAGCAUUCGAUCGCCUCCAACUGCACGUUCCAAGAUAACAUCCAGCAACAACAUCAUGUUCCGGUCUCGAAACCCAGACGAUUGUGACGCGUUGUAUGCUCUCAUAAACCAAGCCCGUAUCAACAACCCAACCUAUAUUGCUCUUCAAAACGCCCGUGGGCCCUUGAACGACGCCCUACCAAACUUCGAGCCCGAGACCAAGUCUGGUGGAAGCUGGUUCGGCUUUCCUCGUCGCAGAAGGAGCUACCGCGCCUCCAACAGUGCGCCCCGUUCUCUCGCCGAAGGCUCUGAAAGCAGUGUAGGAACCAUGAGCAGCGCCUUCUCCGCCCUGAAACGUUUCGGUGGAGGAAGCAAGAUGUUCAACAUCGCCCGCUCAACAGUAAGCUCCCGCAACGGCCGCGAAGGAAGUCUAUACUCCGGCUCAGGCGACUCAGGCGAUGCGCCCUCACCAUCAUCCGGCGUAGGCCGCAUAGCAGCGGCCAUCAAGGGCGCCGACGGAAUCGGUCUCUCAAACGCCAAGAUCCGCAUCUACCUCCGCGAGUCCGCUUCCAAAUGGCGCGACAUGGGCGCCGCCCGUCUAACCAUCAUGCCUGCUCCACCUAAGAACCUCUCUCGCCCCGGCACAUCUGGUAGCGGCCGUAGUGAGAACAAUGCCUCGAAUGGCGAGAAUUCCCCGCCCAGCUCUGGAGCAGCAACUCCACGUGGUGGCGUCGAUUCCGAGAAGCGGAUUAUUGUCCGCGGCAAGACACGUGGUGAGAUCCUGCUGGACGUGUGUCUCCCCGAGAGCUCCUUUGAGCGCAUUGCACGGACUGGCAUCGCUGUCUCGGUGUACGAAGAGACUAAUGAUGGUGUCAUUGCGAAGCAAGGCGGUGUAAACACGAGCUCUCAGAAAAUCUUCAUGAUCCAAAUGAAGAGUGAAGCCGAGGCCGCUUAUACAUUCGGUCUCGUGGGCAAACUGCGGUAUUAG